UAACUUUAAAAGCUAGGGCUGCAUUUUUGUAAAAUGAACUAAAGUGUUUGAACUGUAAUUUUACCAAAAUAAUGGCUGCGAGUUCUGGAACUGGAAGUUCCAAGUCAGAAUUUAUUGUCGGUGGGAAAUAUCGCCUCGUUCGUAAAAUUGGAAGUGGUUCAUUCGGUGAUAUCUAUCUUGGCAUUAAUGUGACCAAUGGAGAGGAAGUUGCUGUGAAGUUGGAAUCACAGAAGUGCAGACAUCCACAGUUGCUUUAUGAAAGUAAACUCUACAAAAUAUUGCAGGGAGGUGUUGGAAUACCUCAUAUAAGAUGGUAUGGCCUUGAAAAAGAUUACAAUGUCCUUGUGAUGGAUUUACUCGGGCCAAGCAUGGAAGAUCUUUUUAACUUUUGUUCCCGUCGUUUCACGAUGAAAACAGUGCUAAUGUUAGCAGAUCAGAUGAUCAGCCGCAUCGAGUACGUUCACAACAAAAACUUCAUCCACCGCGACAUUAAACCCGACAACUUCCUGAUGGGAAUCGGACGUCACUGCAACAAGCUUUUCCUCAUUGACUUUGGGCUCGCGAAGAAAUAUCGUGACAAUCGAACACGUCAACACAUCGCUUAUAGGGAGGAUAAGAACCUCACCGGUACAGCGAGAUAUGCGAGUAUCAAUGCUCAUUUGGGUAUUGAACAGAGUCGACGAGACGACAUGGAAUCGUUGGGUUACGUUCUCAUGUAUUUCAACCGAAGCUCUUUACCAUGGCAGGGACUCAAGGCAGCCACUAAGAAACAAAAAUACGAAAAAAUAAGUGAAAAGAAAAUGUCUACGCCAGUCGAGGUUUUGUGCAGAGGCUACCCUGCUGAGUUUGCAAUGUAUCUCAACUACUGCCGUGGACUAAGAUUUGAAGAAGCACCAGACUAUAUGUACCUGCGACAGUUGUUCAGAAUUCUUUUCCGUACAUUAAACCAUCAGUAUGACUACAUAUUUGACUGGACAAUGCUGAAGCAGAAGGCAGCAGCUGCAGCAAAUUCCACAACUGGAGCCACUGCGUCGAAUAAAGCAGAAAAAGUGAAGUCAAAACCAACCUUCUAACCAAGAUGUUCCAGUUCCUCGACUUGUACAAUAAAAUCCUAAGUGUUCCUCUACUUUAUGUAUUAAAUUUUUAGUUUAACCUCUUUUUUGUGUGGUGCGGUUUAUACAACAUAUAUAUAUAUAUAUGACUGCUGGCUUUGAACUGAAAUGUAUUGUUUUAUUUUUUAACUUUUUGAGGUUCCAGUAUAAUUCAGUUGUUUCUAAAUCUGUUUACCUAAGCAAAAAGCAUUUGUAAGUCUUAUUAUCUGUUCUCACAUGCUGGUAUCCCAUUACACACGCGUUCGUUUAAAGUUUCAGCAACUAUUUCAUUUUCGUUACAAGUUUUCAGGGUUUGUGGUUUCAAUGUAUUUAUUUUAUCAUCUUUUUUCCAAGUGCACCAAGCGCUCAUAGUUGGUGUUUAGAGUUUUUAGUCUUUUUCAUUUUUUCCUUCUAUGUUCUCAGCUUUUCUGUACAUAAGUAAGCAUAUCACUGUAGAUACUUUAUAUAACACCAUGUUUUUGUAGUACCUGAUUGCAAUUUUCGACAAAACACUCAAAUUGCUGCGUUAAACAUUGGACAUCAGUGCUAUAAACCAAAGUAAUCAUUAAUUGCUGUUGUUUCAUAUCACUUUUAGAUAACACAAACUAUUUGUAAGACUCCUGCUGAUCUUAACGAUGCAGUACCAACAUGAGUCUGCUAUUUGUUCUUAACUUGUAUAACACGAGCAUGCUGAAACUGGGUGUGUUUUGUUUAAAAUGGAUACAAAGU